UGUGAAAGUUCAGGCACUGCACGUGGGGGUGUAUGCCUGGUACGGUGGAAGUAAAUAAAUUGUUCCGGUGAAUAAUCUGUAUACUGCUGUUAUACAUCACGUCCAAAAAUUGUUUUCUAAGUUAAUUUUGGUCAUUGUAGAAUAUGCCUGUCGAAUCGUUUUCGUUCAAAAGACAUUGGUGAGCGCCUCACUGAAGAGUUUGAGGACAUGCUGAGGUGCUAUCGGAUAAUUCAUAUUUUAUCACGUCAAACAAUUAUUCCAGCUCUCAAAAACAAAGGGUGGCCAGACCUAAAAUAUAAAUUCCGUGGACUUUGCACGUACAGCAAGAUGACCGAGGAUUCAUCAGACGCCCAAAUCAAAGCUUUGAAAAGACCAGCAGAUGAGACGCAUGCUGAGACUGAACGCGAAGAUAAGAAGCUUAAAACAGACCAGGAUGAGAGGAAAUACUCAAAGAAAAAGGUGGCCCUGCUGAUGGCAUAUUCAGGCAAAGGCUACUACGGGAUGCAGAGAAAUGCGAAGAACUCUCAGUUCAGAACCAUUGAGGAUGAACUGGUCAGUGCUCUUGUGAAAGCAGGCUGUAUUCCAGAGGGCCACGGAGAUGACAUGAAGAAAAUGUCUUUCCAGCGGUGUGCGCGAACAGAUAAGGGUGUUUCUGCUGCUGGUCAAGUCGUGUCUCUGAAGGUGUGGAUGAUUGACAACAUCUUGGACAAAAUUAAUGCGCAUCUGCCACCUCACAUAAGAAUCUUAGGUUAUAAGAGAGUCACUGGUGGCUUCAAUUCCAAAAACAACUGUGAUGCCAGAACAUAUUCCUACAUGCUUCCCACCGUGUCUUUCUCCCUAAAGGACUAUAACCAGGAGGAUAAUUCAUUUCGUCUGAGUUUAGAGACCCUUCAGAAGGUCAACCGAUUGUUUAGCUUAUACAAAGGCACCCACAACUUUCACAACUUCACUUCGCAGAAAGGUCCUCAGGACCCCAGCGCCAAGCGCUACAUCACCCACAUGUCCUGUGGAGAGCCGUUUGUGAGACAGGAUGCUGAGUUUGCCGUAAUCACAGUAAGAGGCCAGAGCUUCAUGAUGCACCAGAUCCGGAAGAUGAUCGGUCUUGUGAUCGCUGUGGUCAAAGGAUAUGUAGAUGAAGGAGUGAUCGAGAGGAGCUGGGGAACGGACAAAGUUGACGUUCCCAAGGCUCCUGGACUCGGGUUAGUGCUGGAGAGGGUGCACUUUGACCGAUACAACAAACGCUUCGGAGGAGAUGGCAUCCAUGAGACUCUGGAAUGGACAGAGGAAGAAGAAGCCGUUAAUGCUUUUAAGGACAAGCACAUUUAUCCCAGUAUUGUGGAAACGGAGCUCCAUGAGAAGUCUAUGGUGAACUGGAUGGCUACACUAUAUAUCCAUGAUUUUGAAGCAACGGCUCUAGGAAGCCAAGAGCACAAAGAUGAUGAUGAAGAUGGAAAUGCGUCUGACUGAAUCACUCAGCAGCAGUCUUCCUUUUUUUUUUUUUUUUUUUUUUACUUGUGCUAACAUUAAUUUCCAAAGAUUCCACUGUAAUUAAAAUUCUGAAAUAAACUGAUUUUAUUAAG